GGAAUAUUAAAAUUUUCAUGUUUCAAUUCAAUGGGUGUGGCCAUUAUUGUUGCUGCCCAUUGGAUGGCAUGAUAAAUUUGACUGAGGAAAAUCGGCGAUCAGACAAGUGAGAGGGGAAAUCAGAUUCACUUCACCCACAAGGGUUUAAUCAUGGAAUAAUCUACGGAUGGUAAAGGUUGAUUAUUGCGCAAAAUCUGCAUUCCUUUGUUGCACUCAUGCAAAGCCAUGGUGUUCUUGCCUGGAAGGCCCCUUUCCCUUUCGGCUUUGCCAGAAACAUCCUGAUUCAUGCUGAUAAACUAGGGUUUGUAGCUGGAUCAAUCUUGCCCACAUUUAGAUCUUGUCAUAUGAAGGCAGGAGGUGUGUUUGGUAGACUUCCAAAUGCUGAGAUAAGAUGCUAUGAUGGAGUUAGGUCGAUGCAGACGGUAAUAAACGGAAGUGUUGAUGGAUUGUUUGAGGAUGAAGACGAUGAAGACUGUUGUCCGGUCGAUUGCGUGAGAGAAUUUAAGAGGGAAGAGGAGUUCGCGAGGAUAAUGGACAAGGCUAAGAAAACUGGCUCUCUGGUUGUGGUAGACUUCUACCGCACCUCUUGUGGCAGCUGCAAGUACAUAGAAAAGGGUUUCUCAAAGCUAUGCAAAGGAUCUGCAGAUCAACAAUCACCUGUUGUUUUCUUGAAACACAAUGUGAGUAUUCUUCCAUGAAUGGACAUAUCUUAGUCUUCAUUAUGCUUCCCUUGGUCGCCUUCAUUUUAUAAGAACCUCUGCCUUCGGGGAAAAAAUUGUGUGGUUCUGUCCUGUUUUUUUCCGAAAUUGUGAGAUAUCUGCCAAAAUAGUUCGAUCCGUAUCACCAUAUAUGAAAUGAUAAUAGAUUUAUUGCCUUCAAAUAGAUUUACGCCAAUCAAAAUAGUUGCUUUCC